CCGCAGUCUCAGCAGCAGCAGCAGCGUCCUGACCUCCCUGAAGGAGUUUCAACGUUUAAAGACCUCUGAAAAACCAGUAACUGGAUUACAGCUGUUGAUACGGAGUGAAUCUGGCUGAAGGGGUUCACACUGCGAACCAACACGAACUGGUUCGGCUUCACUUCAGGAGCUAUUCGGGGAACUUUACCAAAGAGAAAUAAAACAAAACAAAAAAAAGUUGGAAACUGGAGGAAGAGUGGAUUAAUGAGGAUAACAGAAGUGGAACUAUGAGUAAACUUGCUGAUGUUGAGACGAGCUUAAAGUGACCCCAGAACUUGUGACAGGAUUUAAUCUUUCUUCAUGACGUCCGGAGAGACCGAAGAAACAUGUGGAGGACAAACGAAGUCAGAGCGGGGAACUGGAGGAGGAAGAGGAGGAGGAAGAGAAGGGAACAUGAAGUUAUCUCGGUCAUUCACCACUCUCAGCACUAUCGCCGUCCAGGCCGGCCAGUCGCAGAUUGUCGUCUCCGUUCUCGAGAGUGGGUCUGUGGUCCACCUCCAGCUGGUCCAGGUCCAUCCAGGCCUCUGUGAGAUCGGAUCGAACCACGAAGAAAACCAGACACUGGUCCAGGAACAGCAGCAGCUGAUGGAGAAACUCAAGAAACAUGAGAAGGAAGUGCUGUCUGUGGUGGAAAAGAGCCGACAGAUAGAGCUGAGGAGAAGGAGGGAUGAAGGGAUGAUGAUGGAGCAGAAGAGGAACAAGAAACAGGAGGAAGAGGAGGAAGUGUACAAGGCCAUGGCAGCAUCUCUGAAGGAGGGAUGGGUGUUGCUUCUCCGCCUGCUCGAGAGACGACAGGAAGUAUUGAUGCUGGCUUCAGACUUUUACCGCCGAGCACUGGAGUUUGCUGUCGGUAUCGACGGAGUUGAGGGUCUACGGAUCAGACCAGACAGGCUGACUGAAGGGCAGCUCACAUACGACUCUAUGAGGAGAGAUCUUCUGGGGAAAUCCCUGCAGGUUAUAACCAGCAGCAACGUUUUUCUACAGAAACUGAGGCAGCUGCAGAAGAUCGAGGCCCUCCAGAGGAGAGGAGGAGUACUGCAGGACAACGAGGAGGAGGAGGUGGAGGAGUGUUCUCGGGGCAGCAGGGGGAUGGCGUUAAGGCUGGAGGAGCUGGUGGAGAUGCUGCAGGAUCGGAGGAGGAGGGCGGACCAGGCCGUCAGGCUGCAGCUCCAGCAGGCGGAGAACGGCAUCAUGGUCCGUGAGAAAGAGUCCACACACAACGAAGACUGGAGUCUCACAGUUGACAAGAUCCCAGACCUGCAGUUUGGAUCCACAUCAGCAGAGAGCACAGACCUGAAGCUAGAUUCCAGAACAAAAGAGGACAGAAACCUUCAGCCUGGAUCCAGGUCAGAUGUUAAGUCUGGAUCUAGACCAGACGAGACCAGAAACCUUCAGUCUGGAUUCAAAUUAAAGCUGGCUGAGUCCAGAUCAGACCUAGAACCUUCAGAUGUGAAGCCCGGGUCCGGAUCAGAGGAGACUAAAGAUCUGCAAUCUGGAUCCAGAUCAGAUUUACAGCCUGGUUUCAGAUUAGAGUUUAAGCCUCGAGCUAGAGCAGAAGAGAGCAGAAACCUGCAGUCUGGAUUCAAAUUAAACCUGAACCCUGAAUCCAGAUCAGACCUUGAGUCAGAUUCUAAAUCAGAGGGGACCAGAGAUCUUCAGCCUGGAUCAGGGUCAAAUAUAAAACCUUCAGAUGUGAAGCCUGGAUGUAGAGUAGAUAAGACCAGAAACCUGCAGUCUGGGUCCACAUCAGCAGAGACGGACAGGAAGCCAGAUUUCAGAACAAAAGAGACCAGAGACAUGCAGCCUGGAUCCAGGUCAGAUGUAAAGCCUGCAUCUAAACCAGAGGAGACCAGAAACUUGCCAUCCGGAUUAAAGUUAAAUCUGAAGCCUGAAUCCAGAUCAGACCUUGAGUCAGAUUCUAACUCAGAACAGACCAGAGACCUUCAGUCUGGAUCCAGAUUAGACCACAUCCCUGGAUCUGGAUUGUAUGUAAAGCCUGAAUCUAGAUCAGAGCCAAGCAGAGACCUGGUCACUGGAUCCAGAUUAGAAGAGACCAGAAACCUGCAGUCUCGAUUCAAAUUUAACCUGAAGCCUGAGUCCAGAUCAGAGGAGACUAGAGAUCUGCUGCCUGGAUCCAGAUCAGAUGUAAAACCCGGAUCUAGACCAGAGCAAACCAGAGACACAGAGCCUGGAUCUAGAUCAGAUCUAGAAUCUUCAGAUGUGAAUCACAGGUCCAGAUCAAAGCAGACUAGAGAUCUGCAGCCUACAUCAGGUUCAGAUCUAAAACCUUCAGAUGUGAAUCCUGGAUCUAGAAUAGAUAAGACCAGAAUCCUGCAGUCUGGAUGCACAUCAGCAGAGACAGACAUGAAGCCAGGUUCCAGAACCAAAGAGAUCAGAGACCUGCAACCUGGUUUCAGAUUAGAGUUUAAGGCUGGAUCCAGAUUAGAGGAGACCAGAAACCUGCAGUCUGGAUUCAAAUUAAACCUAACGCCAGAUUCCAGAUCAGAUCCAGAACUUUUAGAUGUAAAGCCCGGGUCCAGAUCAGACCUUCAGCCUGGAUCGAGAUCAGAUGAGCAGCCAGGAUCUGGAUUAGAUGUAAAGCCUGAAUCUAGAUCAGAGCCCACAGAUGCGGCCCCUGAAUCCAGAUCAAAGGAGACCACAAACCUACAACCUAGACCCAGAUCAGAGACCAGAAAGCCGCAACUUGAAUCAACUCUAGAUGUGCAGAGCAUGCUGGGAAAUGAGACUGAAACUGACCACGCCCACCAAGCCCUCCUGACCAAUCAGAGGCAACAGCUGCUGUCGUCAUGCCAACACCUCGUAGACAAGGUCUGGAGCUGGGUGCAGUGGGGCAGCAGUGUUUUAUCUAACAGCUCUGCAGGACGGCAGCUCUCUGAGGCAGAAGACAGUCUGAACACACACCUGCAGCUGCAAACACAGGCUGAGUCUGCAGCUCACGAAGCAGAGAGCAUGAAGCAGAUCCUGGAUCAGAUCAGAGGUCUGCACCCAGAACCCAGCAGACAGCUGUCUCCUCUGAAGGCCCUGACAGAGCAGCUGAAGAGGGGCAGCUCGGGAAGAACCGGUCCCACUCCGCCCGCUCCGCCUGCAGCAGACCCAGCUGGUUCACUGAGUCCGGAGCUCGCUGAUCGAGUUGAUCUGGUCUUGAAGGAGCUGCAGAGUCUGAACAGGAAGAUCGACUCAAACCUGCAGCUGCUGCGACCCUACGUCACUUUCCUCCGGUCGGCACAGCAGGUGGAGGAGGAGAUGGAAGAAUUAAGAGAGAUCUACAAAAGCAGACUGGAGGAAGAAGAGGAGAAGCAGAAAGAGAGGGAAGCUGGUAAUAACAUCAGGACAACCACCAGCUCCAAGAAGCAGGACGACGCCUGCUGGCAGGAAAUUCUACAGAGGUUCCACACUGCCCAGGAACUGGGAAACAACUACGUCCUUACUGUUCCCAUGGUGUCGGGAGCAGGGUUAAACCUGCAGUCUGUGGUGUCUGUGGUGCAGCAGACGAUGGAGCGACUCAGCACAACCAAACAGGAAGUGAACGAGCUGCAGAGUCAGCAGCAAAUCCAGAUCCAGCAGCAGCAGGACUACUGCAGGAAAUCCCGGGAGAGACUGCUCAAGACCCUGCAGGACUUGAAUUGUGUCUCUGAGCUGCUGGACUCCUGCACUCUGAUGGAUCUGGGUUCGGACCUACAGACCUCCAGGCUCCUGGAGCACUUCAGCCAGGCCAGACCACAUUUUAGUCAACUAGACACUGAGGUGGAGCACUUGGAGAAGAGCUGGGAGACUCUGAGAGGAGUCCAGGACAGACUGGAGGUGGAGGAGUUGAAGGGAAGACCAGUGACGGAGGAGGAUCUGGCAGAGCUGCUGAAGCUCCAGAAGAGGGUGAAGAACAAGAUCCAUCAAAGCGAAUCGAUCCUGGACCUGAGCAGCAGCUUCCACCGCACAUCCAAACAGCUGGAGGCGCUGCUCCAGUCGGACCUCGCGAGCCCUUCGACUGGUUCAACUGGUUCAGCUGGUUUAUGUGGAUCCAGUGAAGCUGAGCUGAGUCGACACAGAGAGGAACAGCAGCAGAUCCAGAGUCUGUUUAAAACGGCUUCAACGCUGAAGACCGACAUCUGCACUGCCGUCAGCCACAGUGGUUGGACGUGUUUCAGAGUGGAGCAGCUGGAGGCUCGUCUCGUCUCUCUGGACUCUCUCUGCGUCUCGUGGCUGAAUGAAGCAGCUCGACGUGAGGAGAAGCUCCGCAGAGAGCAGCUCGCCUGUCGACUCAAUGGUGACAUCAACCAGCUCCGUGACUCCUUUAAGGAGCUGAAGAAACGCUUCAGCAACCUGAAGUUUAACUACCUGAAGAGAAACGACAGGACCAGGAACACGAAGGCCGUCAGGAACCAGCUGCAGCAGGUGGAGCUGUACGAGGAGAAGCUGCAGGCACUCAGGAAGCGUCUGCAGGGUGUGACGGGCCGGCUGGGGUUGGAGGUCAAGGACGGGGGCGUGGCCCGGGAGGCAGAGGAUGCCGUCAACGAGCUGCAGAGGCAGAUGGGAGAUUUUGAGCGAAGUGUCAGCGACCACCAGAAAACACUGGAGAUGACCCGCAGACUGCAGCAGGCCAUGGAGGAGUAUCAGUUCUGGUGCGAAGAGGCGAGUGCGACCAUCACUCGCGUCGGGAAGUUUUCCUCUGAGUGUCGCAGCACAGAGGCUGUCUCUGUUCUCUACCGACAGUUUGAGAAGUUCGUCUGGCCGACGGUUCCUCAGCAGGAGGAGAGGAUCAGUCAGAUUGCUGAGCUGGCUGUCAGACUGCACGGGGUGGAGGAGGGGCAGCGGUACAUUGAGAAGACGGUCAGUAAACACUCAGAGAUGGUCGAGUCCAUCAGAGAGCUGAGUGACGGACUGAUGAAGUUAGAGGCCAAACUGAAGCUGGAGAAUCUGAAAAAGCAGCAGAACGAUGGAGAGAAGGAGGUCAAGGAAGAGGAAGAGACGGAGCGAGGGAGAGAGAAUGAGACAGAAGAGAAAGACAAAGACAAUGAGAAGAAGUUGAAGGAAAACAGAAAGUUGAAAAAGAAGGAGCAGACGGAUAACCGCAGCAGUCAGGAGGCGGCUGACAUGUACGAACUGAAGGAGACAGGCCACACCCCCGAACUGACCGCCGAGCAUGAUGGGAAGGAGGUCCCAGUGAAGAGGCAGACUGCAGCCAACAGGAAGCGUCCGUUACAGAAGAGCCGCAGUCAGGACGCAGACAGACAGACGGCCGUCACAGAGAGCAGCCACAGACAGUUGUACAGCUCCACUCACACCGUCAGCCUCUCCUGCUCCCCGGUGGAGGCCAACCGACGGGUCUGCGCCAUACACAGCCAAAUCCAGGCGGCCGCUGCUGAGCCUCAGGCCACGCCCCCUCCCUCUUCUGUGAUUGGCCCAUUGUUCUCUGACAUUCAGAAGGAGUUUCAGAGGAAGGAGAUGCGAGACACCUGUGGUUUAAACAUGACGCCGCCUCAGGAUGCAUCAGCAGGAGGUCUGUCGGAGGCGGAGCUCCUGGAACAGGAAGUGUUGACUGAGGAUUCUCUCUCCAACGAUGAAUACGACUGUGCGUCACCUGACGACAUUUCCCUGCCGCCGCUGGCAGAGACACCAGAGUCCAACAUGAUGCAGUCAGACGUUGAGGAGAGCUUCUGUUUCAGUUCCCACAGCGUCCACAUCAACCAGUACAGCCACCAGUGCCGUGCCCAGUCAGACCACAGUGGGACUGGUACUGGUGCAGUCCGACAGCAGAGAGAGUCCAGACAAACAGAGAGUUGUCCAACUCCUCCCACCAGCCUUCACAGCAGCACCAGGUUCAGGUCAGAUUCCAGUUCGUUUGUCCAGAGUCCGUUGACAGUUCCUGCUCCAAGCCUGCUCACCACCACUCUGUGCGGCAUCCUAAAAACUGCAGAGACCAGCACUACCAACAUCCCCCAGAGUGCUGACCUCUCCCUGGGUGGCUCUGAACUGAGCUUCCCAACUGGAUCUAACCCAACCUGCAAGAACAUCACUCCAGAUAGUUCUUCCAACAAGGACAUCAAUGUCCCUGAGAAGAGGAGUCUGUCCAGUCAGUAUAACCAGCCUCAGAAGACAGGUAACCAGAGUAAGAUCACCCAAAAGGUUUCAUCCAAAGGCAACCCCUUCUUCCCCCAGUCCAGCUAUUCUCCUCAGCCCUCAGGUCCAGAGCAGGAUCUCCCCAAGAACAAGACCCCUCUACAGGACACUAUGUUCCCUGACUCUGAGAGUGACCUCCACCAGGACAUAAAUUGCUCCCAGACUAGGAAGGAAACGCCCCGAGUCUCCAAACCUCAAACAACCAGUCUCACCAACACUAGCACCAGUACAAUUACCCAGCAGACCAUUUACCUCCAGUCCUCCCCUUCAAACAGUAAUUGUACCUUGACACAGGCUAGUAGCAGCAGUUCACCCCAAGAAAGCCGUUUAUCCCAGAGUGAAACCCUACCAAAGCUGGAUCCAGUCCCCCAGGCUCAGAGCUCCUGCCUCAUAGACUCUGUUCUCCAUAAAGAAAGAACCCAAGACACUGGAUUCCUCAAACCCUGUGCAACGUGUCCACAAACCAGUACAACCACCUCUCAAGACAACAAUCUUCCACAGGCUUACCCGGAUUCCAGGAGUGGCCUUGAUCAGGAUGUACCUUCCUCCCAAACCUGCCAAGAAACACCCUCCAGGCCCCAAAGCAGCAACCUAACCACAGCUUCUACUCCAAAGAACAUUUACUGUCAGUCCUCCCCUCCAAACAGUCACUGCAAUGUGCCACAGGCGAGCAGCAAUCUCAGGUCACAGCAAGGAAUCCCCUUCUCCCAGAGUAAUGGAGGUCUACCCGAGGUCAAUGCCCCCAUUCUUCCAGACAGCUUCAGCAACAUCAGUUUAUCCAGCAGUACCAUCAGUAAUAGAUUGAGCAACAAGCAGAGCCACCAGACAGUCUACUCCCAUCACGAGUCCUUGACCUCCACCUGUACCCAGAAGUGUGUGCAUGACCCUGAAUCCCAAGCUUUGGCUCAGCAGGCUAAUCUGCAUGUCACCCCCCUUUCCUCUCCACUUCAUCUACUAACUCCAGACCAAGACCCAAACAUUUGUCAGCCCGUGGCCAUCCGUGAGGAGAUCAGGCUUACUCCUCAGAUCCAAGGGCCUCCCCUUCCUGCUCCUCCUCCUCUUCCCCAGGCCCAGGCAGAGUCUCUUCCCCAGGGAAAAGCCUCUAAACCUGGCCCUCCCUGCUUCACCAGACCCCUGUCUAGAGCUACCGUCAUGGAGGGCUCUCCAGUGACGCUAGAGGUGGAGGUGACGGGACACCCAGAGCCCACGCUCACCUGGUUUAAAGAUGGAGAGGUGUCAGCCACCGGCCCAGGCCGAGGGCUGAGCUGCGAGGAUAGGGAACACUUCCUGUAUGCGUCGGACUCAGACGGCGGGUUCCACGAGGCCCGGACUGCCAACCAUCAGGAUGAGCGGCGGGCAGAAGAUAACGGCGGCGGAGAUAAGUGGCUGGUGGCCCAAGUGUUUGACAUCAUCAGUGCGGACUGGCAGACCUGGUUCGGUACACUGUGUGUUCUGCUGUGGCUGCUCUACCUGAUAGUACUCUGAUUACUCUUUUUCCACUACAGGAACUUAACCUGUAACCUUCCUGUUUAUUUAGAACAAUUGGUUCGGUUGGUUAUAAACAGUCUCAGUUUAAUACUGAUGUCUCUGUAUGAACCACAUUAUUCUUAAUGUCUGCCACCGGGUCAGAUUCCCCUUGAAAUCAAUGAAACGAGGAGGUAGAGGCACUACUGCUGUUGUCCACAGGGGGCACCAUCAUAACAGAAUGGCAGUUCCUUGUAGGGGCUUUAAAAAGGCAACGCUGAGACAGAUCAGACAGUGUGUGUUCAGGUCCACCUCUCUUGCUCCUCAAUCAGAGAACAGAGGGGGGACACUGAAAAACCUGGGAUGAUCAGAGACCCCCCACCGGGUCAGAUUCCCUUUAAUAUCAAUAAAACUAGCAGUAGAGACAAUAUUGCUUUUGACCACAGGGGGCGCCAGAAUCAACAGAAUGAGAGAAAAUAAUGUAUCUCACUGUUGCUGUAAAGCUUUGUGUCGUAAUAUCUCUCUACCGUCAACCUCAUAGUUGCAUAAAUAACAAGAAUUAUUAUAUUGUAUAUUCUGAAUGAGAAUAUAACCUGUAUAAUUAACACCCGACCUUGCAUCUUAACUAUUCUGAGUUAUUAAUUAAGACCAAAUUUCAGCUUGUCUUAUUAAUUUCCUGUAGUGGAAACAUCCUGUAAUACACACUGUUUAUAGGUCUGUUGGGGUCCAGACUCCACAGAUUCACAGAUAUAUAUAUAUAUUAUAUUCACAUUUGUUUGAAACAUUUAAAUUAAAGUCCAUUUCACAUGAACAGAACUGAGAAUCUUGGGGCCUAAAAAAUAAGCUGGAAGGCCAGAAAUAGUUUGAAUCUCUGUGCUUUAACAUUUUAUUUUAUUUUAUUGAAGUCCAUUUGAGAACAAACACUGGCUCUAGAAUGAGGCUCGAAGGGGUUUCAGUUGGUUGUAAUCUGAAGUUUCACCACUAGACGGCACUAAAUCCUACAAACUGGUCCUUUUUAAAGAAAGAUAAAAAUAACAAAGUGAUCACUAAUAACUAGAAGAUAAUAAGUAAAAACUGCAGCUUUAUUUAUGAAAUUGUUUUAAGAGAUUAAGUUAAAUUCUUAUUGUGAAUAAUUUUACAAUAUUGGUGCAGAAACAAAACACUGAUACAACAAUAAGAGAAACAUAAAACAUAACAAAAGUAUAGUUAUAAUUAUAUUAAGUUAAAUGGUGAGAAAAGUUUCAACUUUUUACUUUUGGUUUUCUUAGUCAGACACAUUAAAUCAUAAUUUGAGAUAAAUUGUUUAUUUUUUAAGAUCGUACAUCAGAAUAUUGGUAAACCAAAAAAAGAUUUAAUGUCUCAUAGUUUUAAAUUCUAAGUAAGUAAAGACAUAUUUUCUGGGUGUAAACGGACUUCCAUACAUCGGCCUUACUUUCCUUUAAAUACAUCAAUGCUUUUAUUCUGAAAAUCCUCUCAGGCAUUAGAAGAAGAUAAAUAGAAUAAUAACAUCGAUUAAAGCGUUAAAUAUAAAAUGAUUUUCUCUCGGCUCUCAUAAGUUAACCUCUCCUGAUAAAUAAUGUCUGUGUGUAACAGAAAGUAAUAAUGUCCUAUAAUUAGAAAGCUUCUCAUUUAAGGAGAGAAUAUUUUAAAUGUAAGGGAAUUAAAGCAACAUGUGGUUGGUGAAGAGAAGAUGUUUGUCUCAGAUUUGAUCCUGUUUUGAGUGAUUAGAUUGUUGUUUCUUUGAAAUAAAGAAAUGAUUCAUGUU